UCAUGGUCCGGGCCGUCCCUCUCCCAGCCAAUGGCGUCCAGCGCUCUUAUCACAGAGCGAAAAAUAUCGCGGCCGCCAUGAUGCUUGUUUGCUCUCGGUGAGACAGCAGCGGAUACGAGUGAACCAGAAACAAAGAGAUCAACUCGGGUCUUCGUCAACUGGUAUGCGUUUGCAGUGUUCCAGGGAUGCCCAAGGAGAAAUACGAGCCGCCUGAUCCGAGGCGGAUGUACACCAUAAUGUCCAGCGAGGAGGCGGCCAGUGGAAAGAAGUCGUACUGGCCGGAGCUCGAGAUCAGCGGUAAGGUGAGGAGUUUGAGCACUACCUUGUGGUCGCUGACUCACCUCACAGCUCUGCACCUCAGCGACAACUCCCUGUCCCGCAUCCCGCCUGACAUCGCGAAACUGCACAACCUGGUGUACCUGGACCUGUCGUCCAACAAGAUCAGGAGCCUGCCGGCCGAGCUCGGCAACAUGGUCUCUCUCAGGGAACUGCUGUUAAACAACAACCAGCUGCGGGUUCUGCCGUUCGAGCUGGGCAAGCUCUUUCAGUUACAGACGCUGGGGUUGAAAGGUGAGUGUCGCCGUGGAAGCGGUAAGCGUGCUCAGUCCCAAGACCGUUUCUGUGUUGCGGUGUUAAUUCCGACGCUACGCCCCCUCCGUUCCCUCAGACUGAUGUCAGUUUGUCUGAGUGUACUGAGCAGUUCCUCUGUGUGGACCAGUAGCACUGAUGAUAGGAAAUCAUUUCAACACCCGCCCCUGUGCUACCCCCCCCCCUCCCCCACAGUUCCCACAGAGCAGCCCCCCUCCAGGUCCUGGAUCAUUCUGCAGGAGCCCGACAGGACACAUCCAGCAGCCCUGUUCUCGGUGAUGUGCUACAACGUGCUGUGCGAUAAGUACGCCACGCGGCAGCUCUACGGCUACUGCCCGUCCUGGGCGCUGAACUGGGAGUACAGGAAGAAGUCCAUCAUGCAGGAGAUCCUCAGCUGCAACGCUGACAUCAUCAGCCUGCAGGAAGUGGAGACGGAACAGUACUUCAAGUUCUUCCAGGUGGAGCUGAAGGAGCAGGGCUACGACGGGUUCUUCAGCCCCAAGUCGCGCGCCCGGACCAUGUCCGAGUCGGACCGCAAGCACGUGGACGGCUGCGCCAUCUUCUACCGGACGGAGAAGUUCAGCCUGGUACAGAAGCACACGGUGGAGUUUAACCAGCUGGCCAUGGCUAACUCUGAGGGCUCGGAGGCCAUGCUGAACAGAGUCAUGACCAAGGACAACAUCGGCGUGGCUGUGCUGCUGGAGAUACACAAGGACAUGAUGGAGAUGUCCUCCGGGAAGUCCCUGCAGGGCAUGGAGAAACAGCUCCUCCUGGUGGCCAACGCGCACAUGCACUGGGACCCCGAGUACUCGGACGUGAAGCUGGUGCAGACCAUGAUGUUCCUGUCGGAGGUGAAGAGCAUCGUGGACAAGGCCACGCGCAGCCUCAAGCUGUCCUCCGUCUCCGGGGAGACCAACGCCAUCCCGCUCGUCCUGUGCGCCGACCUCAACUCGCUGCCCGACUCCGGUGUGGUGGAGUACCUGAGCACGGGCGGGGUGGACUGCACACACAAGGACUUCAAGGAGCUACGCUACAUCGACAGCCUGACCAACUUCAACUGCAACGGCAAGAACGGCACGUCCAGCGGCCGCAUCACGCACGGCUUCAGGCUGAAGAGCGCCUACGACAACGGCGUCAUGCCUUACACCAACUACACCUUCGACUUCAAGGGAGUCAUCGACUACAUCUUCUACUCCAAGCCCAUGCUGAAUGUGUUGGGGAUCUUGGGGCCCCUGGAUCCCCACUGGCUCCUAGAGAACAAUAUCAGCGGCUGCCCACACCCCCACGUCCCCUCCGAUCACUUCUCCCUGUUUGCACAACUGGAGCUGGUCCUGCCUUACCCUCCGCCCGUCAACGGAGUCCACCUGCCCGGCCGCAGGUAGUCCCCCGAGCCACCGGGGGGCGCUGCUGCUUCUCCCUCAAGGUCUUUUUUUUCUGUAAACUUAAAGAAAAAAAAAAUGUAUAAAAUUCGGAAGUCCUACAGUAAGAGGAGUGAGGUAUGGCCAACAGGGAUAUAUAUAUUUUUGUUUUGUUUUUUGUUUUUUGUUUUUUUUUUUUAUAAUAAUAAUUUUCAUCCAUUUAAAACGAAAGUCAAAACUCUGUGGUAAGUCUGCUGUUUAUCUGUUUGGUCCGCCCUCCCGCCCACUCUACCUGUUGUGCUUUCGGCUUUGUUUUUACGGACCACCCAAACAUUCCUCGCCUCCCCUCUGUGUUGAUUUUUUUUCGUUUUUGUUUUGGUUUUUUUUUUUAAUUAGACCAGUCAUUCAGUUUUAAUCAGGGGUUAGAUUAGGGGUUAGAUCUGGGGGUUCACAUGCACGCGUUCAUGCCCAGAGAGGACCGCAGAGCUUGCACACUGCCCCACUCCAGCCUGCAGGGGGCGCUCUGAUCCUCAUGGGGGUAGGCAUGGACUGAGUAACCAUGGGUGAGGCGGUGGGGCACUGCUUCUGACACCCUCAGAACGCCACACCACUGGUUCCAGCCCGGCGUCCAUUUUACAACUACCAGCUAAGCGGCCGGCCUCCCCCCCCCGUGUGAGCACAGGAAUGGUACGUUCCACACUGUACUCCUCUCUAUGGUGCUGAGUCCAGCCCUGUGGGUGCUACCGUCGGGUCCUCACGUCCCACCUUUUCUGCCAAAUGGUGCAAUUUUUAAUGUAAAUUUGGUGCGUGGCAGUGCUUAGGCAACAGCAGCGUUAUUGGCUAUGGAGAAACACUGCUGUUGUUUUUUUUUGUUUGUUUGUUUUUUUUUGUAUUUUAAUAUGUUACCAUACACUGUUUGUAAAGUAGGUUAGUGAUGUGGAGUGUCGGCAGAGGACGGUGAAUUUAGAUGCACUUGUUUAAUCGGCUCAUACAGGUUCGCGGAUUUUAGCGCUUCGUCUCGGCGGGCGGGACUGCUUCUCCGAGCGGCCGCUUGCUCGCAGAAGAAGAUCGAUGUUGUGCUUUGAAGGAAGUUUAAUCGCAGGGGGGAAAAAAAUGUAACUUGACGUAACCAAAUGAUUAUUUUAAGUAAAUAGGGGCUUGGGGGAAAAAUUGUGUUAUUUGAAGAGGUCAGAUUCCACUUCCCUAUAGUGUCCUUCAGUUCGGAGUUCAGGCAGGAGGAAGUCACCCACUUCCAUCUAUCUCUCAUAGCAGUUUCAUUAUCUUUAAAGUUUUUAAGUGUAACCAGAACAUGUGACCUCAUUUGGAACGUACCACCACUUGGAAUGGGGCGGGGGGGGGGAUUCGGCUGAGGGGGGUUGGCUUUGGGGAGGGAGACACUUGUGUGUGCCAUUUUCAGGGGGUUUUUUUUGUCAUUUGUUUGUUUUUGGUAGCUAUAACUGAUAUGAACGAGCAGUAGUUUGAAUGGGAGCACCUGCAGCCCAGUUUGAGGGGGGGGGGGGGGGGUGGAGUGGUGGGCUGGCUCCUCAAAUCAGUGGAGAGAUUUGGGUCCAGGGCAAAAUCUAAGUUAAUUUCUGUCUCUGUCAGAGAGGGACAAACAAUCUUUGGAACUCUGUAAUAGGCACCAGCACACGCACACACACACUUAUCGAGCACUGUCUUAGAGGCCAGUAGUGACCUUCCUUAGCCGUAUAUUCCAUACUUCACUCCAGGGGUUUUUUCACGCAAGUGUUUGUAUAAAAUAUAAAUUUGGAUUUAGCCUUCACUUGAUUGUAUAUGAACCACAAAAGACCUGAUGUAUGGCAUUUUUUGUACUUAAAAUAAAUUAUGAUCAGAUUUGGGGGAAAAUAUGAUUGUAUUGUAAAUUAAGGCUAAAUUUUUAUCCAGUUAAUGUUAUUAAAUGCGAAAUUUAAAUGACCAGCUUGUAAAAAAGACAAGAAGAGGUUGUUCCAGGUUUUCACCCUCACUGUUUUGCACUCCUGUUUUUUUUUUUUUAUGUAAAAGUGUUUUUAUUUUUCCUCUUUUGUACAAUUUACUGAGAGCGGUGCACUUGAAAUUUAAAUUCUGGCAAAUUGAGAUUUUUUUUUUUCGGAUUUUUUUUUUCUUUACCUGUAACCCAUCUCCGCGGAGACUGCACACGCCAGCCACGUCCUCGCGCGCUGGUCGGCACAUUAAGACACUGAACUGGUCGUUUUCCGCUCUGUCCAAUCCGGAUCCUUUUCAGCAGCGAGGCUGAAGCGAACCUGACCUCGCAAGAUGGCCGCUCCUUUGAGCUCCUGCGCUGGUGGAAGGGGCGGGGCGGACAUCGAGGUCGCUGGCUUCGCUCUCGUGUCGCUGCUGUCUCAGAUCUGUGGUCAGCGUGGUGAGCGCCUGACAACGGUCGCUACGGCCGAGCGCUCGGCGACCGGGUAGACACGCCCUUCCUCAGACGAAGCUCCGCCCCUCUUGGGGGGGACUGCCGUUUGGGUUUUCCGACAGUGCGUUUGACCCUCAAAAUGGGGGGGGGCUGGGGGGCGUGCAUGGUUUAACCUCCAUACCACGCAUGUCCCAGGCCCAUGGUGCACUGCGGGCGGGUCAGGGGUGGGAGGGGGGGAGCGUGUUCCCGCUCCGACAGCCGUCACUACCGCUUAAAGCCCUCUAGACUGUUAGCUCUCCGCUCCAAAGCUAACCCCCCCCCCCCCCCCCCCAAUCCUCUGGAAGAGCAGCUUCCCGCCUCCCCCCUCUGCGUUUGAACCGCACUGCCCGUGCUGUGGGGGACGCCUGCACAACCUCUUUUUGAUUUUAUAAAACACUGUUAAAGCAAUUGUGAAGAUUUUAUGAAGUCUUUCUAUGUUUUCGUUUUUUUUUUUUUUAUAUAUAUAUAUCAGCUGUGAUUUAUUUCCUUUCUUCUCCUGGCAGUAGGAAGUCUCAAGUAAUCAGUGGCUCGUAGCUGACGGAACAUUUUAGUCUUUCUUUUUUCCUUUCAUAUAUAUUUUUUUCUUUUCGACUGUUCUAAGGUCUGUUUUGUUCUCUGUCCUUUGUCACUCAAGGGAAAAGGCUUAAGAAACGCCUCUCGGAAACCCCGCCCCACCCCUCUCUCAUUGGUCAGAAUUAAAGUUUGUUUUAAGGACAGCCCCCCAAUAGCCCCACCCACUUACCUAACUCAGGCAACACAAGUAAUUUUGAUGAUUGCAUUUUGUUUUGUUUUUUUUUCUUCAAUUCCUGUGUUUCCCCAGCUGGGGAACAAUAUUCUCCCUGUUAAAUGGUGCCAUUUUUAAUAUUUCCUUGAAGCCAAGUUUAAGGACAGAAAUUCCACUUUUGCGUAACUCGCGAAUUUGGGAUGUUUUUAAGGGGGUAAGGGGGCGUAUUUCUCCUGGAGCUCGUCCUUCCAAUGACCUUUGAUUGAGCAGGAUAUGUAGCACAGAUUCGCUCCAUUGAUCCAGCUUUUUGUGGACCGCAGAGGUUCUUUAAAAAUCCACGCAGAAAUGUGAAACGUUCCCUUUCUACUCCAAAAGCCCACAUUAAAUUUCAGGAUUGUCUCGUUUUAAUUAAUAAUUGGCCUUCAAAGCACUUAAAAGAGACCAAUAGUGCAGCUACCCCCCAGAGAAUUGGAUCUUAUGACCUUUUUAAAAAAAACAAAAACAAAAAAACAAUUUGAACCCAGCAGGUUUUCAAGAAUUUUAAUCUUUUUUUUUGUUUGUUUUUAAACAAAGGAAGAGAAAAAUCAGGGCAAGGUUUAUUUCAUCCUUGUGUAGGACCUGUUCCUUUCUGUACCUUUGUUCUCUCCUGUCAUUUUCUGCCAUUUUGUUUUGAACGAAAAGCAAAUGUCCCGUUUCUAAAGACCUUGAAUUUUGCUGAUUUAGUAUUGUAGUAGAAUUAAAAAUAGCUUUUUUGUAAAGUGUGAAUAAAAGGUGUAUCUCAUGUUUUCUUUCUUAAAAAAUCAAUUGUGUUUGACAUGUAUAUCAUGAAUUAUCCAAUAGUAUUAUGAUUGCUUGGUUGUUUUUCUUUUCAUCCAUUUUUUCUCUUUUUUAUUUUGUCAUGCUUCUCAAACCAAAUUAUUUCUGUUGUAGAAACGUUAGCAAUGGAUUGAUGUGGUUCCUAAGUGGGAUUCUAACGGUUGGUAAUCGGAACGUGAUGGAGGCUGUGUCCGUUUUAAAAAUGGAAACACGAUAGCGCGCGAUGGAUAGUCGUUGGUGUCCCCAAAACCGGAAAUCUGAGACCUGUCGUCUUUAGCUUUAUUCAGAACGUCACAUUAGGCUAACUGAUUUGUGAAAAAGAUAAAUGCAUAAAUAAAACGGAGGGGGCGGGCCUGGACGGCCCUUGCUUUAUCAUUGGUCAACGCUUACGUAGAGAGAGAGCACUUUGCUACAGUGGUGUGAAACGUGUUCGUUAUAAACACAGCAGCCGCAGGUAGAAGAUGUCGUAACGUGAGUCUACUGUUGCACCCUCUCGCUAUCUUUGUUCCCGUGCUUCUCAGUGGUGAAUUAAGUUUCUAAAGUGAUGUUCUCUGCUAUUUUUAGAGUUAAUUGAAGGACGCUCCCGAAUACCCCCCGACCCGACCGCUGUCUCUGUCCUUCGGAGGGGGGUACAGGGGACAGGCCUAGGAAGAGUAACCCUGAACUUCACUCGCCAUCAGUCCCUUCUCAACAUGCGCAUUUUUGCUCCGCCCUUUCCUCCUUUUUCCUCCUUCAUCCCUCUUCCCCUCAUCCGCUUUUCAUUUCUUAGUCCAUCUCCGAUUGUUCUCCAGGCGUCUGCCUGCUCUCUCUCGUAUUUCUGGAUCGUGAUUACGGCUCAGAACGGGUAGCGGGCGAUAGCGGAGGCUGAAGCUUCGCCUUCGGUUUCAGAUUAGCAAAAAAAUAAAUUAAUUAAAAAAAUUAAAAAAAACGCAGUGAGAUCAUGUCCUCGUUUGACGGCUUGCGAUGUCGGAACAAUCACCUUUCAUUCCAGACCAGGGAGAAACUCCGGAAUCUUGGCAAUAAUAGUCUCUGAUUUGGGGAAACUUUAUUUUUGUAUAAUAUCUGAGAGCGUUUCCUCGAUGCCACGCCCCUCGCCGAUGUCACACUCAUCUCGCGAGGGGCGUGUUCACCACCACAGCUUUUUUCUACUUCUCACCUCCAUCCACCCAUCAUCCAUCCAUCCUGCCCUGCUCUUCACCUCUCCCAUCUUGUAAAUUUCCCCCUGAUUUUAUCCUCUCUGCCAGUAGUGAUAGUCGUUGGAAGAUCAGGAGUGUCUGUCUGUAGCCGACCGAGUACAUAUAUCAAUAUAUAUGUGUCACUAUGUAAUGCACUGGACCAACGUCUUGUUUACCAUUUGUGGAAUACCAGCAAAACACUCGCACAAAGUUUAAAAAGAAUGUUGAGUUGAUUAUUUAAAAAAAUAAAAAUUAUAUAUAUAUACACAUAUAUACGUGUGUGUGCAUGUAUGUAUGUGUAUAUAAAAAGGCAGCUGUUUUUAAAUCAAUAUUAGAAAAUGAAUAUGGGCCGAAUGGUAAACAAGGCAUUUCUGUUUUAUCUUUAACUGUCUUCUUGGUUAUCUUUGAACUAGUUUAUGUUUAUAACAGGGUCAGCUUGUUUUACUUUACACCUAUGUAUUUUCCUACUUAUGGUUGAAAAUAAAUUCUAUAUCUGUUUCA